AUGUUAGUUACGUAUUACUUAGCGGGCGAGAGCACCGUCCGCGCCGCGCGUUCGCGUCUCCGCGGCCGCCAUAGUCGCGGGGGACCGGUUCCGGCGGGCGACGGCGGCCGCGCGUUUUCGAAAAAAGAAGCCCCCGCGGCCGCCGACAUUCGAGGUCGCAACCCAAUUGGGGGCCAGUCGCGCGGCGCACUUUCUCCGGUGCGUGACGCGCCCGCACUUUUCGGUGAACAGGUGCGGGCUUCGAACCCGGCGUCGCACCCGCCGAAGCUCGCAGCUUUCUACGCUCCGUCCGGAGCUUGGCACUGUACGCUCGGCCUGCGCUGCGCUAUCGUAUCGGGAUGUGGGUCAAUGACCUUGAAUGAUUACCGUCUCGCUCGU